AUGUCGCAGAAACUGAAACUUUUGUUAGUUGUUACUCUGUUCCACAGCCAUGUCGCCUAUACUUCUGACCCAGAUCCAGUCCAAGACUUCUGCAUAGCCUUGAAAGGCUCUGCAAGCGGAAACCCGUCAUGCAAGAACCCAUCAACUGUCACGGUGGAAGAUUUCACUUUCAAGGGCAUAAAAUUUCCCGGAAACUACAACCGAACAGGCAUUUCAAUUAUGCUGGUGAACUCAAAUGUCUUUCCAGGUUUAAACACGCUUGGCAUGUCAUUUGUGCGAGCAGACUUGGCUGUUGGCGGCGUCAACGUGCCGCAUUGCCAUCCGAGAGCGACCGAGACUUUAUUUGUGAUGGAGGGAAGGAUUUAUGCGGGAUUUGUCGAUACGAAUAACAAGGUUUAUGCAAAAGUGAUGGAGAAAGGAGAGGUUAUAGUUUUCCCAAGAGGUCUUGCACACUUCCAAAUGAAUGUUGGAAAUACACCGGCGAGUUUUGUGGGGAGUUUCAACAGCCAAAACCCGGGAUCGCAGAGAAUCCCAGCUGCAAUUUUUGGAUCUGGAAUCGAAGAAGCGCUUUUGGAGAAGGCUUUUGGAUUGGAUGCUAACGAGAUCGCUAAGUUGAGGAAGAGAUUUCAAAUUCCCCUCUGA